AAGAAACAAAAAAAUGACCUGUAAAACCAUCCGGACCGGAGCACUAUCAAGAUCCAAAGACUUCACUGCAGCUAAGAUUUCCUCCGGUGUAGGAAUAAGAGAACUGGAAAAAGAGGUGAAGCAAGGGUAUUGUGUUCAUUGCAAAAAGGACUUUCCGGACAUCGAGGGGCAUCAUAAGGUCCUUCAUGACCGAAAGGUAAUGAGAUGUGAUGAGGGGAAGUUGUUUCACUGUCCGAUUUGUCUUCCAGAGGCAGCUCUGUUCAUCGAUGCAGAUGCUCUGUUCAACCACCUCAAUGAUUACCAGCAUAAGGAAGCCAAAUGAUAGGUCAUAGUUCGAUGCAUGUAAUUUGGAUUUGGACUUUAUUCGGUUUUGGUUUUGGUUUUGGUUUAGAAUUGGAAUCGAUCGUGCACGUAAACACAUAGUUCUAUGCUCAUAGUUCGAUGGAUGUCUUAAUUAGUUCUCUACCGUAACUUGGAUUUGGAUUUGAAUCUAUAUUUGUGUAAUUGUGUUGGUUAUAUUUCUAAUUUUCUAUCGUACGUGUUAAAUUUGCUUUAUGUGUGUAAUGUGAGUGUGGUUUUGGUUUAUGGUGCCAUUGAUGUCGAUUGGCAAUUUGGCAGUCUAAAGCAACAGCAGUA